AUGCGGAACGGUGAAGAAGAGCCGAGCACUUACCAGAAAAUUUUCUUGGUGUAUAAAAAGUUUCCUGAAUUCGCAAAUCGGGGGAAUAAUGACGCCGACUUUCAACUUGGGAUUGUUGGUCCAAUGCUUGGUUUUCAAAAAAAUGAGGAGCAAGCGGAAAUCGAUUGUCGACACGAUUCGAUUAUGAUGGAAAAACAUAUGGCCCAUUCUGCUCAAGAGAAUCAGGGACGAAAGAUGAUUCAGACCAGUGAACAAAGAUUUGCACCAAUUGAUGUUGGACAAAAUGUUUUGAUGCCAAUUCCUUGUGUCUAUCGACCCAAGAUUGAACCACGGAAUUUGAUGGGAGUCGUCACAGCCCCUGCUUCUCUCUAUGGAAUAAAAUCCACCGAAAACCAGUGGAUUCCUGUAACUGAUGAACUGCUGCUGGGGCAGCAUCGAUCUCUGGGAGCUAAGGUCACACUCAUUGCUUGUGCC